AUGAGAGCCCGUAUAAGCCAAGCCAAGGUCAAUGCGGUGAAGCAUUCAGCUAUAGACCAGGGGUCCGGAGAAUGUAAGUCGUUUAAGGAAAGGCGUCUCUUUGCUGGCAGGUGGUGUGUGACAAUUUUAUUAUUUUCAUCAGCAUUAGUUGUGCUAGAAGUAUGUACUAUUUUUGAUCAGAAUUUUGGAUGA